UGGCAGCUGAACAACCAUGACUGCUGUUGUAUUUCUGCUUGUUGUCUCUCUGCUGGAUUUGGUUAAAGGUGCUGAACACGUGUUCCUGGAGCAGGGAACAGACCUUCAUCUGCAUGUAAAGAAACACAUUCAGCUGGAUAAACAAACAGAUUUCCAAUGGAAACAUAACAAUUCUAGAAUAGUUAAGUACUUUAAGGAUAUAAAACCAAUCCUUUAUGAACCUUAUAAAGCCAGCGAUGUUUUGGUUUUCGACAAUUACACUUUGCUUUUAAAAAAUGUAAAACAUAACAACAGUGGAAAUUAUGACGCAGUAUUGAGUGGAAAAACAGACACAAUCGUAGUAAAAUAUAAGGUCACAGUCCAAGAUCCCGUCUCUCCCGCUGAGCUGACAGUGGAGUCUGUGCUCGACAGCUCAACUUCCUGUAACCUCACUAUGACCUGCAGCACACGACCCUCCAACAUCAGCAGCACCGUUAGAUGUGACACUGAGACCUGCAGUCAGGAGGGAGGAGAGCAACUGCUGAUAACAAAACAUGGGGAUUCUCUUCUUGUCUACCUGUCGAAUGAGUCGGUCAUCUGUAACCAUAGCAACCAUGUCAGCUGGCUUAAUGACACGAGGAACAUUAAACAUCUUUGCCCCCUUGUUGGCGUUUCCAAGAGACCAACAUCAAUUGCAAUUCGGGCUGCCGUGACAUUAGCACUUUUGCUGCUGGCUGUGGUUUUUACCAUCUACAUCCUCAGAAAACGUAAGUCCCUAAAAUACGUAUGCUUCACUCACUACAUAUAUCCACUAGGAGGUAUAGAUACAUAUAUAUUUCUAUUCAUAUAGCGUCUAUUACAACAGAAGUCGUCUCUAGGUGCUUUCCAGAGACCAGAACAUGAACCCAGAGCAAUUAUUACAUACAGAUUGGCAGGUAAAACCUCCCCUAGUGGGAGAAAACCUUAAAACAAGAAAAACUCCCCUUUAGGAGGAAAUAAAACUGGAUCAGGACCUGGAUCAUAAGGGGGGGACCAUCUUCCUGAAGACCAACUGGACAGAGCAGGAAAAGAGAGAACAGACAGAAAGAAUGAAGAACAGAGAGAGAAGAGACACAGAUAUAUUGUCAAAAAAAGACAAGAUAUAUUAGUAAUAACUAUCUGUGAGCAAGUACUUAUACGGGGUUAGUUGGUGUACUACAGAGACAACUACUGUAUGUAAACAGAUGUUUAAAGGAAACAGUUGCAAACAUUGGCCUGUUUCUACUUUUCAAUAAUUUUUCAAAUACUUUCCAGAAAAUGCCAAAGUGUCUGUUGCAGCAUCUGAAAUGUUUAUGUUUUACUGGAAAUAAAUUAUGGGUCUUUUAGAUUUGCAAUCAUUGUAUUCUGUUUUGAUGUACAUUUUACCAGCGUCACAGCUUCUCUUUAACUGGGGCUGUAUGUUUGCAUGGUAAAUAUUGUUGACUGUAAAAGGGAUUGUCAUCUUCUUUUUUAUUUAUUAAAUCACAACUGUGACAGCCGGCUCGGUUUAUGUUGCAGCACGUUGCACAACCUACUGGGGUCCACAGCAAAACACACAACAGGAGCAGUUUUCACGGCUUAUUCUGUUGUUGUGUUCAGAGCACAGGCAGCUGAACGACUGAUAGUCCUUGUCCCAAAAUGUGAUGUUAAAGUGUAAAUCAACGGUCUGCUCAGCCGUGUCAGUCCCCUGAAACGCUGCCUUGCAGCUCCCCCUGCAGCUCAGCCCAAACCACGCAGUGACAGACGGGAUUUGUAGCAACUUCCUGUAGAAGUUUCUUUAAAGACAUCUUUAAAGAUCUUUAUGCAUCUGGAGUCAUUGUCGUUCCCAUUAGUCUUGAGACAUAUUCUAGUAGAUCUGUCACAUGCAUGUAUAUGGGCUGUUACAAGAGACUCAAGUCACACAGCAUUUAUUCUCUGUU